ACUUGAUCCUUUUACAGGUUGCCUGCACCUUUUCCUAUAUAUCGUUUGGACUCUUUGAGUGCUGUUGCUCCUUUGUUUUUUGUACUUUCUUGGUCCUGCAACGUGCACCUUGCUAUAAUAUGGAUGAACCUAAUCCUUCAGCUCAUCAUGCUACGGAUGCAUCAUCAAAUGUGUUUAUAUACUCGGACACCGAGGUGAGCCACAUCCUUGGAAUACUGGAUGGCGAUGCCUCCUUCUUGCACAUCCCCUCAAAAGUGGACCUCCAGAGGAACUAUGAACAAGAAUCUAAAAGGUUAGUUACCAUGCAGUUACAUCUUACAACACUGGGAGAAUAUUAUAAGUCACACCGUAUCCCCAGGGGCAUGCGUAACAACCUUAAACCUACUAUGUACACUCAGGACAUUGACUUUAAAUCUAAAUAUGAACGCAUUACCAAUAGAUAUGCUUUGGAUUUAAUACUCUUGAAUAUCGAAUUUCUACAGAAAGAUGUUUCCCAGUCAAGAUUGAGAACUACUGCCCUUGAGGAUUCUCUUAAAUCAGCAUUAAACCAAAAUGACUAUGAGGUAUUCUUGGAAAAACAAUCCACCUUUUUAGCUAAGUUCAGGAGUGAACUUGAAGAACAAAAACGACAUAAAUGGUAUCGCGAUAGUCAGGACUAUAGCUCUGGUCGUAUUUAUAAUUGGAAUAAUAACUACAAUACUCAACGCCAAAAUAAAAGACCUAAAGAUGUUAAAAAUAAUUUUGAAACUGUGACGUCUACUAACUUCACUAAUGUUGCUACAGAUGAUGCUGAGGUUUUUUUAGAUCCAGCAGCCGGAUCAAACCCACCCGGAGGGGAGGCCGCAAACACCACCGGCAACACAAGAACCCGCAGCCAGAGACAACCCAAGUCGCAGACACCGAAAUACAACCAGAAGAAAAAAGUCAAGUGAUAAACUACAAUUUUUGGAUACCUCAGUCACGUUACAAGACAAUAAACUUCAUACGGACCUUUACGUUAAAAAGACUGACUGCAACACCCUCCUACAGUACACGAGUUGCCAUCCUAGGCAUAUGAUUCAGUUUGAGCUCAAUACACUCAGAGGAAUUGGUUUACUCUCUUGAUCUCCGCCAUUUGCAACAGUCAACUUUUGAGAACAG